GACAGUGAUUUGACAAAGCAUCUGGAAAAGGAAAAGCAAAGAGAGGCAAUGGAUAAUGAAAUGCAGCAAGCAGAGGAACUGCGGUUGCAAUCUCUUGAAACUAUAGGAGAAACCUCCAGAAGGAAAGGUAGCGAUAGAGAAGAGACAGCACCAAAACGAAGGAGGUCUGACGACACCAUAAAUUAUUUGAGAGAGAAGAGUGAGAAAGAAAUGCAUGUGCGACAACAAGAGUUGAAACUUAAGAAAGCUGAACUGGAGGAGAAGAAGACAGAAUCAGAGAGACUAUAUCAGAUGAUUAUGCAACAAAAUGAACAAAAUCAAGCUUUGUUGCAGCAACAACAACAAGUUAACCUUGCUUUGAUACAAUUUUUAACAAAACAGAAUGAACAAAAGUAG